AUGAAAGCAAUACCAGCGGACUCGAGUCAGGUCCGGGUCGCUGUCACCCAAAGCGAGCCGAGUUGGCUGGACCUAGGUGCCAGUGUACAGAAGACUUGCGACUUGAUUCGAGAAGCAGGCCAGAAUGGUGCACAAUUGGUUGCAUUCCCGGAAACAUGGAUACCUGGAUAUCCUGUAUGGAUCUGGGAUCGGCCAACUGAUCCUGUGUUCCAUGCCAAAUACAUCAAAAACUCACUCAUUGUGGAUUCUCCCGAGAUGAAAUCGAUUCAAGCCGCAGCAGCAGCGCAGGGAAUAUCAGUGUCGCUUGGGUUUUCUGAAAGAUUGAAAACCACUCUCUUCAUCUCGCAAGUCAGCAUUGAUCCUGCCGGCCAGAUCGUGUUGCACCGUCGGAAAAUGAAGCCAACACACAUGGAAAGAACGAUCUUUGGGGAUGGAUGUGAGAGUUCGUUGAAGAGCGUCGUGCCACUGCCUUUCGGGAGGGUCGGGGCCCUUGCAUGUUGGGAGCAUGUCCUCCCACUGCUAAAAUUCAACACCCACCUUCAAGAUGAGCAAAUUCACGUUGCUGCGUGGCCACCACUAUUUGAGCCUUUUAGCCAGGGCGAAUUGUGGUCUAUGACGAGUCCCGGUAACUUGUCUCUCUCCUCGAAAAGGGCGAACAAACUAACAUUACUAGGCGCUCGAACAAUAUCAUCGGCAUACGCUAUCGAAGGCGGAUGCUUUGUGCUUCAUUCCACGGCUGUGAUCUCCCAACAGGCGAUCGAGUUUUUCCGAACUUCAAACGCAGCACUUUUCAAUACGCCUGGAGGUGGGUCGUCUGCAAUAUUUGGACCCGAUGGGAGGAAACUGUCACACGACUUACCAGAUAAGGAAGAGGCUAUCUUAUAUGCCAAUAUUGACUUGGAUGAGAUAUUGAAGGUCAAAGGUUUUCUGGAUUCAUGCGGGCAUUACACCAGUCCCCAUUUGUUGUGGCUGGGGGUCAAUGAUGAGGCCCAAGAAUUGAAAAGGGCUACCUAA